CACUGACAGCGGCACAACUGUUGCUCAGCGGAGAUUGAACGUCACCCAGAACCAAGAGUGGAACAUGUUGUCCAGUCCAACGGGUUACACAGAAUGCUUACGCGAAUGGGAGGAUUUCGAGAAGAACUACCAACAGAUUCAGGACAGCCAUCGCUUAUACAAACAGAAACUCGAGGAAGUGACGAAACUGCAGGCCAGCUGCUCCAGUGCCAUAGCGCGUCAGAGGAAGAAACUGAAAGAGCUCACUGCAUCACUAAAAGGAUGCAAAGAUAAUCAUCCAAUGGCCAAAUUUAAUCCAGAGUACGUGGAUGCCAUCGCUGAAAUGGAGGACUCCAUCAAAGACAGAGCAGAUGCUUUCUCUGAAAUGGAAGCGUUUCUGCCAAAGAAGAACGGGUUAUACUUGGCUCUUGUUUUAGGAAAUGUCAACGUAAUACUCCUCAACAAACAGUCAAAAUUUGCCUACAAAGAUGAAUACGAGAAAUUUAAACUGGUCUUCACGGUCCUCCUCUUUGUGUUCUCCUUCACGUGUCGCUUCGUGUUCAGCUCCAGAGUACUGGAUGCCAUGUUUAACUUCCUGUUGGUGUGGUACUACUGCACACUCACCAUCCGAGAGAGUGUCCUCAUCAGCAACGGCUCCAGGAUCAAAGGUUGGUGGGUUUUCCAUCACUACGUGUCAACCUUCCAGUCAGGCGUCAUGCUCACAUGGCCUGACGGGGCUCUCUACCAGAUGUUUAGGAAUCAGUUCCUAACUUACUGUCUAUACCAAAGCUUUAUCCAGUUCCUCCAGUACUACUACCAGAGUGGCUGUUUGUACAGACUCAGAGCUCUGGGAGAAAAACACAACAUGGACAUUACAGUCGAGGGUUUCCAGUCCUGGAUGUGGAGAGGAUUGACCUUCCUGCUUCCUUUCUUGUUCUUUGGUCACUUCUUGCAGCUCUACAACAGCAUAACACUGUUUCAGAUGGUUCAGCUCCCAGAGUGUAAAGAGUGGCAGGUUGUGAUGUGCGGCUGCUCUUACAUGGUGCUCUUCAUGGGAAACGUCCUCACCACACUGGGAGUGGUUUACCAGAAGUACAUGAACAACCAGGACAAGGCCAAGACCUUAUAAGAAAGAUAAUCACUCAAAAAAAAUCUGUUUCUGGAAUGUGCAAAUUUACCAUCAGCUCUAAUAUUGUUUUUAGGGCUCUUUAUCGAUGGCAUGAUUGUUGUCCUUUUGGACCAUUUAAAUGUACUGCUACUUUUAUCAAUAUCCUUUGGAUUUUUGUGUCAAUGAGCAAUAUGUUUUACGAGAUCCUGUUGAUCUGUCAAUAAAAUACAUCGGAAAGAUGUUUCUGCAGGACUUUCUGUGUUAAUUGUACACCUCCGAGAAGUAAAUGUUACUGAAUAUGGAAAUAACUAAGCUGCUUGCAUCAUGGUCGUUAUGGGGAACUGUAUUUCAGAAAGUGCCAAUAAAACACUCAAAACCCC